CUGUUUUUUUUUUUCCGGUUUUGGGGUUAUUAUAUACUCACUCAAAUCAUUUCCUUGGGCAGCACACAAUGGAUUUGGAGUCGGAGCUCGGGAUAGUCAUUUCUCAAGUGAUAUCUUUCUUUAUCGAUGAGGAUUCGGUUUCGGAGUGGGCUUUGUUAUUGAAUUUACGGCCAUCAAAGUUCGUAGCACGUUUUAGUCAACUAAUCUCUCUCAUCAAAUCUAUGGAUUUGGAUUCGCAGCCGAAACCGGAGUCGGAACUCAUUUCACUCAUCAAGCAAAUAAUACAUUUCGGCAACUCUAUACCGGAUGAUGAUUCGGGAGCGGAGUCUCGGUUCGUGUCACUCAUUACUCGAAUGAUCUCUCUCAUUAGCUCUACUGAAUCGGAUCCACAGCAGCCGGAGCUCAUGUCACUCACCACUCAAAUAUUAUCUUCCGCCUACUCACUGGAUUCAGAUUCAGAGCUCUUAUCACUUAUUACUCAAUUAGCCAAUGUCGUCAAUGUCACGUACUCGAAGCCAAAAGCGAAACAGGAUCCCGAGUCAAAGCUCAUAUCACUCAUUACUCAUCAGUUACUACCUCUCAUCGACACUAGGUAUUGGAUGAUAGAUCAGAUUUUGAAGAUCGUUUCACACAUCGCUCUUAUAAUUUCUCUAGUGAUCUCAAUGGAUCUCAACUCGCAGCCAAAGCCGGAGUCGGAGCUCAUGUCACUCGUUACUCAAACAGUCUCUCUAUUCAACUCUAUGGAUUUGGAUUCACAACCAAUGCCUUUAAGAGAUGUCAUAACAAUCAUUUCUCAAAACUUCGACCAUCGGAUCAUCUCUACAAAUUCGUAUCCGGAGUACAGUUCACUCUUUCGGGAAGUACUCACACUAGAGCCGAUGCCAGAGCUUUUAUUACUGAUUCAUCAAAUAUUGUCCCUCGUCGCCUCUAUGAAUUUAAAGGGGAAGAAGCUUAUUUCUUUGUGCCCUCAAGUAGAAGUACGUUUGAGAGAAGGAAGAUUCCAUGUAGAUGAAGAAGUCUCGUUGAGGAGCAAUAACAUGUGGGACUGUCUCCCAUUAAACUGGGAGAAACUGAAGCUACCAGGAGAAGUAGAAGCUGUACUCCAUUUCCGCUGCCGAAACUGCAAUGGCGAGAAUCAUACAGAAUAUAACAAGGCUUCAGUUGAGAUCAAACACCCUCUUCAUCCAAAACAUUCUCUUCAGCUUGUCUUGUUGAAAGGGAAAGGAACCAGGGAAUGUUAUUGCUGUGAUGAAGAUCUCUUGAGGAUAUUUUACUAUUGCUUUGCUUGCGAUUACGCUAUGAAUAUAGCUUGUGUGGAGAAGCCACGAGUCUUGUCUAUAGACUAUCCCAAGUGGCAUGAGCAUACACUUGCUCUGUUUCCAAGAAACACUUCUUUAACUUGCAGCGUUUGUGCCUUGUCACAUACAAGCUGUCCUUUUUAUAUAUGCCCUCCUUGUGACUUUGUGGUUCAUCAACGUUGUGUCAGCUUACCACGUCUCAUAAGGAUAUCUCGUCAUCCCCAUCGUAUCUCUUUUACACUUUGUUUCGGCCAAGGAGAUUGGUCUUGUGGUGUUUGUCGUAGAAAGAUCGAUAAUGAUUACGGGGGCUAUUCUUGCAUCAAGGACGGUUGUUCAUAUGGGGUUCAUUCAAGAUGUGCUACACAAAGAAACGUGUGGGAUGGUAAAGAACUUGAAGGAGAGCCAGAAGAAGACAUUGAAGAAGUUGAACCGUUUGUGAGGAUAAGCGAUGGAAUCAUACAACAUUUUAGCCAUCAACACCAUCAUUUGAGACUUGAUGACAACACAUGCAGAGAUUACGACGAGAAUAAACAGUGUCAAGCAUGCAUCACACCAAUAUAUUACGGUAAUAUCUACUCAUGUAUGCAAUGCGAUUUCAUUCUCCACGAAGCAUGUGCGAAUUUUUUCCGCAAAGUACAUCAUCCGAUACACCCUCAUUUACUCACACUAGUGGGGGGAAACAACGGUGUUAUGAACCUUACGAAAUCAUGUUCAGCUUGUCCUUGGUUGUGCACAGCUGGUUUCUUCUAUAGAUGUGAUGAAGAAGAGUGUUUAUAUUUUAAGCUACACGUGCAGUGCGCCGUGAUUUCUGAGCCAUUGGUCAAUGAGAGUCAUAUGCAUCCCUUAUUCCUUACAUCCAAACCAGGGGAGCGGAGACCAUGUUCAGUUUGCAAAGAGUUAUCAGAACCUCAUAUUACAAAUGAAACAUUCAACUGUAUUGAGUGUGACUUUGCUUUGUGUUUCAAAUGUGCUACUUUACCUCAAUACGUAAGGUAUAAGCAUGAUGAGCAUAUACUCACUCUUUCAGAUGGGAAGGAGACAAGUAUCGUCCCGACGUAUUGGUGUGAAGUUUGCGAGAAACAAAUACUUCCAAGACAACGAUUUUAUAUAUGUGAUGAGUCAUGUUGUGUCACCCUACACAUAAAAUGCUUAAUCGGAAAGGACUUAUACAUGAAGCCCGGUUCAUCGUGGUUCUUCUUCAGCAAAGAGCUACGUGUUCUGCCCAACAAUCAUCAUAUGUCUCGGCCUGUUUGCACCACUUGUAAGCAACGUUGUUCACAAAAAGUGAUUUUUCACCAUUAUGGCUUAGUGUUUUGUUCCACAUUCUGCAUUCGUGAUUUGCAGUCUUAAUUAAUGGUUAAGUAUCUUGAUGGUCA